UGCCGAAAUGCAGUCUACUAUCAGUAGUAUGAUUCUGACCGUCGAGCCGUUAGCAAGUGACAUUGAAAAUGUGGUGGACUUUAGCAGCAAUUUUAGCCGGCUUGCUCGCUGCUGUGUACUUGUAUCUUAUUUGGGAUUUCAACCGGUGGAAAAAAGCUGGGAUAGUGGGACCCAAACCUAGAGUGCUAUUUGGAAAUCUUCCUAGCUUGUUGACCCAGAAGGAGCAUAUUUAUUAUGAUAUGGAACGAAUUUAUAAUAAUUUCAAGGGCGAACCUGUGGUAGGCUUAUACAGCAUACGUACUCCACAGUUGAUGAUUCGUGAUCCGGAACUAAUUAAGGAGGUUCUUUCGAAGAGUUUUAACCAUUUCGCGGCAAAUCAAUUCUCCGAUUUAGUUGAUGAAAAAUCCGAUCCUUUGUUUGCUCGAAAUCCAUUCUCAUUAUCGGGAGAAAAGUGGAAAAAUCGGCGAGCGGAAAUAACUCCUGCUUUUACGAAUAAUCGGAUCAAAGCACUCUACACGUUAAUUGAGGAAGUAUGCAUCAGAAUGACGGAAUAUCUGAAUCAGAAAAUUAAACAAAACGAAUCGCCAUUUGAUAUUAAAGAGAUAAUGGCCAAGUACACCACUGAUGUUGUAUCAAACUGCAUUUUUGCGAUUGAUGCGCAGUCAUUUAAGAAAGAUAAACCAGAAAUACGCGAAAUGGGCCGCAAGAUAAUGGAAUUUAACUUCAGCGCUCAAUUUGCAAUGAUUAUGUUGACAUUUUUCCCAGCAAUAAAACGAUUUUAUAAAUUUUCAUUCGUUCGGAAGGAAGUGGAGGAUUUUUUUAUCCGCAUAAUGACAGACGCUAUACGCUACCGUAAGCAAAAUAAUAUAGUACGGAAUGAUUAUCUGGAUCACCUUCUAACCUUGGAAGAGAAGAAACAAAUUUCUGAAAUAGAUAUUGCUGGGCAUGGAGUAUCGUUCUUUGCCGAUGGAUUCGAAACAUCCAGUUUAGUAAUGGCAUACUGUCUUUUUGAUAUAGCAUCUCACCCGAAAGUACAAGAGGAACUAAGGAAUGAAAUUCGUGAUUUCCAAAAAAACAGAGGCGGUAUAACAUAUGAAAAUCUCGGAGAAAUGACAUACCUUGACCAAGUUCUCAACGAAUCGCUUCGUAUUCAUCCAAUUAUUCCGAAUCUUUCUAAAGAUUGUACCAAGGACAUUGUUCUAAACGGUCCCAAGGAUAAGAAAAUCCAUGUAACAACCGGCACUACCGUAAUUAUCCCAUUCUUUGUCCAUCUGGAUGCAGAAUAUUACGAUGAACCUGAGAAAUACAAACCGGAAAGGUUUUCACCGGAAAAUGGAGGUACUAAACCGUAUAAAGAAAAGGGGGUAUUUUUACCAUUUGGAGAUGGGCCCCGGAUGUGCUUGGGUAUGCGUUUCGCUUUAACGCAAGCAAAGCGAGGCAUUCUGGAAAUAAUUGAUAAGUUUGAUAUCACAGUUAACCCAAAAACUAGGGUUCCACUUAAAUUCGAACCAAAGAUGCUGAUGCAAUAUCCAAUAGGAGGAAUUUGGUUGGACCUUGAAGCAACAAAAAACUAA